UCAACAGGAAAUACCUCUGUACUAAGAGAAACUGCAAUGGAAGGUGGAAAAGCAUGUGACUUAAAUAUUUCAAGUCAUUCAAAGGCGGAUGGGUCAUCGCCAGUGCUCUCACCAAGGAAGCCUUCUGACCCAGUCAUGGAUUUUUUCAGUUCACAUCUUUUAGGUGACUCUUCCUCACCAGCAACUAAUUCUACCCAUACAGAUGCCCACGAAAUAAUUGUAGGUGAUUGUUUUGUGUCUGAUGAAAACCUUCAAAGGAUGGAAAAUGUCCUUGAUCUCUGGAGUUCCGGUCUGAAGACAAACAUUAUAUCUGAACUAAGCAAAUGGAGACUUAAUUUUAUUGACUGGCACAGAAUGCAGAUGAGAAAGGAGAAGGAAAAGCAUGCAGCACACAUACAGCAGCUGCACGGCCAGAUCAGUGACUUGAAGGAGCUGCAGAAGGCCUUCGAAAUUUCCAUCGGGAGAAAAGAUGAGGUGAUUUCCAGCUUGUCUCAUGCCCUUAGCAAACAAAAAGAAAGGAUAGAGCUAAUGCGAACCUUCUUCCACUGGCGGAUCGGCCACGUCAAAUCCAGGCAGGAUGCUUAUGAAGGUAAACUAGCUGACCAGUACUUCCAGAGAACGUUACUGAAGAAAGUCUGGAAGGGCUGGCGCUCCGUGGUGCAAAGGCAGUGGAAGGAGGUGGUAGAGCGAGCUUGUCAAGCGAGAGCCGAAGAAGUCUGCAUCCAGAUUUCCAACGAUUAUGAGGCCAAAGUUGCUAUGUUAUCUGGAGCUUUGGAAAAUUCUAAAGCCGAGAUUCAGAGAAUGCAACAAGAGAAAGAGCACUUUGAAGAUUCCAUGAAGAAAGCAUUCAUGAGAGGGGUGUGUGCAUUAAAUCUAGAAGCCAUGACUAUAUUUCAAAACAGAAAUGAUGCAGGGACAGAUUUCACAAACAACAAAGAGUAUGGCCCUGGUGUUCCAGGGAGAGAGCACUCAGCCCACCUAGACCCUUCGGUGUCAGCUGGAGCAGCCAGUGCCACCACAGUGCCCUCUGCCGUCUCCAUGACGUCUGCUGGGGCUGCGUCCGCGCCCUCUGCCAGCGCUCAUGGCCCUGCUUCUAUGCUUGGCCUCAGCUCUGCAUCCGCUGUGGCAUCUGAAGAGGUGUAUGUGCCAAGAGUUGUGACUUCAGCACAGCAGAGAGCUGGGAGAACCAUUACUGCGCGGAUCACAGGGAGAUGUGAUUUUGCUUCAAAAAACAGGAUUAAUAGUGGUUUAGCUAUAAUGGGAGUGUCUCCUCCCAUGAGCUCCGUUGUUGUGGAAAAACAUCAUCCGGUCACAGUGCAAACGAUUCCCCAAGCAACUGCUGCAAAAUACCCACGGAGCAUUCACCCUGAAGGCGGCACCUCAGCUUCCAGAUCGCUCGGCACCAGGUCGACCCACACCCAGUCUCUCACAAGCAUUCAGUCCAUAAAAGUGGUUGACUGAAGUGACUACGUUCUUGUGACAUCUGUUAAGUCCCCUGGUUUUACCAAGGAUUGGAAGUCUUUUAGUUUUUAACAUUUCUAUGUUGUAAGACCAUCGUAGGUGUAUCAUGUUCAUCUUACCAGAAUGAUGAGAGACUUUUUCAAGCAGUAACACCCUUUGUAACUAUAUGUAAAGAUUAUUUUAAUGUUAUUUUUUAUUUAAGCAAUUAAGUAAAACUUUUUUAAAUUAAAAAACUAUUUUUAAUAUGUUCAGUUUAUCAUUGAUUAUAUCAUCAAAGUAUGUAAAUCUUGUUUCCUGUACAUUAUUUCUAAAAGGCCAAGUCAUUUCCAAUGUUACUGAGCUCUAAUUUACUUGAAAAAUCUAAGAAGGAAUUUUACCUUAAGCAUUAAUAAAGCUAAUAGAAGCUAAUAUAUUUUUACAUUAAAAAGCUAAAGACCAAGAAUAAUAGUUGUGAUGUUUUUAUCACAGCUUUUUGUGAUUUAUUGUUUUCAUUUUUGUGUAACAGUGAAAAAUA